GAAGGCCUUCAGCCCCUGUCCCGGGCCGCCGGCCGGCCUCGCUGUCUGAUAGAUCCAAGUAGCGAGCGGCCGCCCGCAACCGGUCCACGCACCCAGCGGACCGACACGGCAACCACGCGCCGGCUCUUCGGCAUGUGCACUGCCGGCGCUUCCUUCCGUGGUCGGUGGCGGCCUUUAGCCGGCGUCCCCCGCCCCGUUCGAUCGCAGUUUUGUUUGGCGGUGGCCGCCUGCCUCUACUGCAUUCGUAGUCUUCUCCCGCUACGCAUGGCCCGGCGCGCGAGGGCGGUGCAUGCAGCGUCGCGACGCAGCCCGCGCCAAGCUUCAGCAGCUGCCUGCGCCCCC